AUCCUCGCGUUAAGUGCUCAGUUUUUGCAAUUGGAGAUAAAACUAAUAAUGCUAUAUUUUUAUUGCGUAGUAAAAUGUGUCAUUAUUCAACUACUGCUACAUUGGUUUUACCGAAUUUAAUAGAACUAUCUCCAGAAAGUUCAUCAUUAAAUCAGAGUAAUGCUCAUUCUUAUUUAAGAAAUCUUGCAAAUCAAUUUCGCUCAACUACAACUGUACAACCUAAU